UAGAGAGGAUUGCUCCGGAACUCGCAGUGGAGAUUCGGCCAGAGCCCCUUUGUCCUACUGGUGCGACUUCCUUGACCGUAUGUUCUUGUCGAGGAAUUUGUCGACGAAGGUGCUCAAGAUGGUGGAGACAGAGGAGCACGAACGUAGGGCGCCAGAUCAGGGACAAAAAGGCGUCAGACACCCUGUAUUUUGGCGCGGUUCAAGCGCUUUCAUAUUGCUUUUUCUUCCUGAACCUAUUAUUGAAUCAGCCCUAUAGAGCUGUGCCGCCAGAAGCGAUCGACCAUGUCUGCAACGGCAACGGCGACUACUGUCGAGGCACCUAUCGCCUACGAUAUCAACAUCCCUUAUGUUAGCGUCUCGGAAGAUACCAACCGGACGACCAGAUAUCCCCAUUAUUUGCCGACGUGGGAUAAGGUCUGGUUCGACCCGCUACCCCCAUUUGAAUAUGAAGACCCCGCGCUGCGCGUCAAAGAUAAGACGAAGCCCAAUCUGCUCGGCUCUGGCGCCAAAGUAACGCCUAUCCAGCCCAUCAUCGGCAGUGUGGUCGAGGGUGUUCAGCUGAAUCGGCUCUCAGAUGCUGCCAAAGACGAGCUGGCGUUGCUGGUGUCAGAGAGGAAAGUCGUCGUUUUCCCUGAUCAGGAUCUGAUCGAUGAAGGCCCAGCCAGCCAGGAGAAGUUCAUGCGACACUUUGGAAAACCCAACUACCAGCCCGUAUCAGGGACAGUCAGGGGUCAUCCAGGUUUCCACAUCAUCCACCGUGAUGGCAACAAAGAGGAAAUUUCCCGCUUCUUGGAGGUGCGGACAACGACAACUCUGUGGCAUCAAGACGUCAGCUACGAGAUCCAGCCCCCUGGUUAUGUGAUGCUAGGAUUGCUGGAAGGGCCUGAUGUGGGCGGAGACACAGUCUUCGCAGCCACUGAUGCUGCAUAUAAACGCUUAUCCGCCACCCUGGGCUCUUUCCUUGACCGGCUCGAGGCAGUGCACACAUCUUCCAAGAUGAUCGCACACACGAAGAUGAUGGGCGGCCUCGUUCGGAAGGAUCCAGUCACUACGGUGCAUCCCCUCGUCAGGGUACACCCCGUCACUGGGCAGAAGUGUCUCUUCGUCAACGGAGAGUUCAUCACUAAGAUCCAAGGUCUCAAAGAAGCGGAGACCAAAGUGUUCCUUGACUUUAUCAUGCAACAUAUUAUUACUGGCCACGAUUUCCAGGCCAGAGUCCGAUGGCAACCGCGGUCCAUUGUCAUAUUCGAUAACCGCUCAACUUUGCACUCCGCUAUCGUAGACUACCUCGACGAAGAACAAAAAGCUAAACCCAGGCAUAUAUUCCGUCUGUGCGCAAUGACUGAAAAGCCCAUUCCUGUCUCACAGGAGAAGCAGUAAAACGGUUGCUACGAAGGUCUUGCUAACGCACACCAAAAAGGCCACCUCUUGCUCUAGCUUACAAUCUGCAGUCAUAAGGUCUGUCUCAUUACGCAUCUCGGCACGAUUCAUAAUUUGUGGCUUUAGAACUGGAUCGGCU